UUUAAUGCGGCUGUGAAGUGUCAAUGUUGUCGUUGCAAUUCUCUUUCAAUCCUGUUUACAAAACAUGAAAAAAAUUAUAUUAAUCGAUGCAGUUACUGCCUGAUACAUUGCUUUACAAUUAUUUAUAUACUAUAUAACUAAAUAGUUAUAAAAAUGUCAAUAAUAAAGACCUGUCCGGGCUUGUAUUGUGGACGAACAGAGCUAGAUGAUGGUUCUUGGAGUGAAUGCGGUGCUUGUCCUAGAGGUUUUCGUACCAAUGCUACGAGCUAUUGUGUAGAAUGUACUGAUGAACCAACUCUAUAUGAUUGGCAGUACCUAGGUUUUAUGGUUCUUUUGCCUUUGGUUUUACACUGGUUUUUCAUUGAUAUGGCGGCAGCUGAAAAUCGUAAAACUGCAAUAGUUGGACAACAUAUAUGCGCAUUUGUUGAAGUGGCAUCAGGUACACUAGCGGCAUUAUUAGUAUUGCCACCAACAGGUUCUAUCGAUCUCCAUGUCUGUUCUCCUAAGGCCUUGUCGGAUUGGUACACAUUACUUCACAACCCUCAGCCUGACUACAAGGAGACUUUACAUUGUACGCAAGAAGCUGUUUAUCCACUAUAUACAAUAAUAUUGCUUCUAUAUGCCUUUAGUCUCCUAAUGACAGUUACACUUCGACCGUUCGUGUUGGUUUGGUACAAAUCUGUUCCAGGGAAGAAAGCUAUAUAUUGUGCUCUGUAUUUUUACCCUAUCCUUGUGCUAACACACACUGUUGCUGCGGGAUUAAUAUAUUGUGCAUUUCCUUAUAUAAUAAUAAUUAUAUCAAUGAUGACAUCUGCCUCGCAUUUUUCUAUCAAAAUGGAUCAAUCUGCACCGGCCUUACUGAUAUCGUCUCUUACAAAUGUCAGAAAUUUGAUAAUACUUUUAGGACAUUGGCUGGUUCAUGCUUAUGGUAUUAUAUCUUUAACUGGAUUUAAGGAAUUGUGGUACUUGACUCUCGUGCCGGCACCUGCGUUGUUUUAUAUAUUAACAGCUCAAUUUACUGAUCCAAUGAAAAUACACAAUGAUUGACUAGUUAGAGGCUCCCCGGAGAAGGUAGUGUUGAUUUGACAUGAUGAAGCUCUGAGACAGGAGGCCUUAGAGAAGGUAGAACUUGAAAAUUUAGAAAAGUAUAGGAAGAGAUACUAAUUCUAAAAUUCAAUGUCAUAAAAUCUUUAUAUAGGAUAGAAUGGUGAUGAUGUUGUUAAUAAUUAUGUUAAUUUUAAUUUUUAAUGUAAAUAAAGUAUUUAUUAAUUU